AUGUCAGAGAGCAACAAGACCAUGAAGGCAGAUGAAGGUCAACAGCAGCCACGAGCUCAAAGAACACGGUUGUCAUCAACUCAUCUUUUCAAAGUCCUAGUCCUUGUAUUCACUGUCGUUAUCCUUAUUUGGACCUUUCAGCAGCCCCUUCGUCGUGGUUUCACUUACCGCCCCGACACAAAUGUAGCUGAAGGCCCGGAUCCGCUCGGUGAGCUUUCGGUCGAGGAUCACAACAUCAAUUCUCCUAACAGCAGAUGCUCCCUACCUACCACACGUUACGACAUCCAAACUGGCAAGACAUCAUGCUACCCUUCCUCGGGCGGUAUCUGGCUAGCAGAUCUAGGCCCCGUGGAGCUACAAUACCUGGGCAUCAACCGUUUUGAUUCCACCGAGCGAUCAGAGAACCAAUCCGAAGAAGACCACUUUUGUCACGAGCUUCGCAAGUUUGGUGGUUCUUGGUAUGACCCAAAGUCGCCUGAUGAUCUUUGGGUCGGCGGAGAAUGCAGUGAGCUUGAUGAGUUCGAGCCAGUCUUCUCCAUUGACCGCCAAGUCGCAUUUCCAGCGAAGGGGGGCGUAUGGGUCCUUGGUAAAGAUAAGGAGACUGGAAGAUAUCCGAUUGGAAUGGCUGGUGUUCGAAAUUCAUUGACAAUGGAUGAGCGCUCGAUGGUUCUGGAAAGACUGGGAGCUGUUUACUGUGACGAUGUUGCGAACUGCCAUCUACUAGAUGACCUCAAGAACGAGCCACACGACCUGGCUGCUGGCCAAAACUCUUGA